AUGACAAGACCAAAGAAAAAUAGGUAUGGAGAAAUUGUAUUUGAAGACCAUCCAGAUUUUAAACCUAAUUUAACACCACAAGAAAUGUUUGAACUAGGUAGUUUUGGUGGAACCUAUUGGCGUCCCAUACAUUCAACUGUUACUGGAAAAAACUAUAAGAACCAACAUAAAAAAUAUCCAAAGUCUUGGUGGAAAAAUAUACCAGACUAUUGGCUUGUUACGCCAUGGGAUAAUUACGAUGUAUCUAUUAAUAAAUAUGGUGUAAAGGUUGGAACCACACUGGAAUUCUGGGAAGAAAAAGGAUGGAUUACAGAAUAUGAUCCUUAUGGAUGGGUGCAAUGGUACUGUAAUUUUUAUCAAGGACGAAGAACACCUGAUGAUAUUCGACAAAUUCGUAGAUGGAAAGGUGUUGCGGGUGAAAAUGGAAGAUGGAGAAAUUAUUUGGAAAGGUGUUGCGGGUGA